UCUCAACCUUGUCACCCUCUCGAAGUGACAUCAACAUGUUUUGCGAAAAGUGCCAGCAAUUCUGGCAAGCCGUGGCUGUGAACUCAGAUAUACCGGAAAUUAUCCAAUCGAAAAACGACGUGCCAUGGGCACGUUAUGAUACGGUACUACAUAAUAGCAUUCGUGAGUUGAAGCAAUCGUCAUCCGCUGGUUGUGUUAUAUGUCGUGCGAUCGAAUAUACUCCCAAUAUACACGAACGGGCUCACCUACUCUCAAACUAUGACGAGUCUUUAGAUAUCGUGCUCAGUAUAGAGUACGAUGUCGGGCAGCAGCCUAUGCUCUGCACCGGGUUCUGGGAGGCAGAUCAAGCCGGGAAGGUCGCUCGCAUACCAAAACGCUUGAUUGCAAUCUCGAAGGGAAUCAUUGAAGACGAGGACUUGGCUGGCGUACUUGAUCGCACUUCAGAACUCGAGAACACCAGCACCGGAUCUGAUGCUACGUUCGAGCUUGUAACUUUCUGGCUUAAUCGAUGUCUAACGCAGCAUAAGGCUUGUCGAGAAAUCAGUCCUGUGGGCAGCAUAUCUUUCGUACCAACAAGACUAAUAGAUGUUGCUGAUGGCGCCGUCAAACUGGUAGAAACCAAAAGAAUCAUAGGAGACGGAAGUGCCCCAUCAUAUGUGACAUUAAGCCAUUGCUGGGGCCAGACCCAGAUCAUACGAACUUUGAAAGAGAACUACGACACACAUCUGGAAGAAAUAGAUGCUUCCAAACUAUCCAAGACAUUCCGCGAAGCGACGCACGCGACGCGAAAAUUGGGGCAUCGUUACAUUUGGAUAGACUCUCUUUGCAUCAUUCAAGACGACGGUGCUGAUUGGGAAAAGGAGGCUGCGACCAUGUGCGACGUGUAUCGCAACGCAGUGCUCAAGAUUGGCGCUGCUCAUGCGACGGGUGGAGAGAUCGGAUGCUUUACUAAUCGAGAUGGGCUACUGCAUUUCCCCUUCAUCGUCGACAUCCAGCCAACAGGAACAAAAUCGAAGUCGCUGAAGCCGCAUAGGUUUCAAUUUGAUUCCUACGGCCGUGAGGAAGGGAUUGGGGGCCCCGAACCUGCUCUUUACGGGCGGGCAUGGGUAUUGCAGGAGCAACUACUAAGCCCUCGAAUGCUUAUAUACGAUGGGUCUCAGGUUCGUUGGGAAUGUGCCUCUGGCCAUGGCUCAGAAAGGUCACCUAUGAGUGGAAUGUCCAGACACAUCGGCCAUCAACGAGCUCUCAAGAGCGGAAUAUUCCAACCUGAAGAGUUCUUCAGUUUGGCUCGGAUAGACGAUCCCAAACAAGCGAUACGAUACCAGCUACAAUAUUGGUGCUAUGGAGUUAUGGACUACACGCAUAGAGGCAUGACCAAAGCCUUUGAUCGACUGGUAGCUAUACAUGGCAUUGUACAGGCACUAAAGCGGCAUACUUCGAGUGAGUAUCAUGCAGGCCUAUGGAAUCAAUAUCCUUGGAUAGGGCUGCUAUGGAAUAUUCCUCACGUUGACGAGUACACCCCAACCACUGUUGGCGCCUUCGAUAUGGAGAGGAACAAAUUUGUUCGCCACGAAGAGGAUAUAAGUCCGAGUUGGUCAUGGGCAUCCGUCACUGUCCCUGUUUGUUAUUCCAUCACUGUCAUGAUAGACAGCAAGCGCAUAUGCGACAUCCUGGACAUGACAUCCUCCGGAACAGCCUCAAAGCAAAGAGGAACACUCAAAAUUCGUGGUGAAACGCGUACCGGCUUCAUUGACGCUAUCUAUCCAUACUCGAUAAGAGAGGCUGUCAAAGUGGCUCCAGAGAUGCAAACCCGUAUCCCAACCAGCGAAAAACACUUCAUCACCUAUCGUGGCCGGUCUUUCCACCCAAACGACUUUUUUAUCUUUUCUCCUUCAAAACCAUCUACCACACUCGGUCGGGCAUCGCCCAGCUGGCGUCUUAUCCGUGGCAGCUUCCGCCCCGACGAAAUCAUCAGACCAUCAACUCAACUCACCUUCAUUGCCAUCGCGCAGCAUAAUACAGGCCGUAGACCUGGAACCAUUAUUGGCACACACGAUGAAACGGAUCCUUUAGUUGUCUGGAGCCUGGCGCUUGUUCCUACAGGGAGAGUUGAGGGAGAAUAUAGGAGAGUCGGGUACGCGGUUUGGGAGGAUUGUUACUGGUAUGGCUACGCAUGCGGUAUGAGAGAGAGACCCGGAUGUACCAUUGAGAAGGCGGACGGGUGGAGGGGCAUGGCGGUUGUGGGCGACUUGGAGAAUCUUGGAUGGUCACGGAUUGUUAAUGGUGAGGGCAAACAUGAGCAUCGAUUUCACGAUGGCGAACUUCCUGGGCUGGAGAGAUAUCAUGGGGAUGUUGGAGCGGAGGAAAGGGUGGUUGUGGUGGUUUGAGGGGCUUCCUUCGGAUUCUCUGGUUGUUCGUGAGCGCUGUCAACACCUGUUGAUGUGGGAAGGCAAUAAUCGGUGUUCGCGCUCAGCUA